AAAAAUGAUUUGUUGUACGAAAAAUAAAAUAAAACCACUUAAUCUGUUUGUUUGAUAAGAAUCUUUAUCGUGUGUUUUUCUCCUUCAUUUACAUUGAUGUUUCACAUUGUUUCACAUCUCAUUAUGAAUUCUUCACAAUGUUUUCGUGCACACACAUUUACGAUAUUUGCAAAAUUCCCAUCCAUUUGCAUUUGAUCAUAAUCAAAAUGAUGAGAACCGAUUCUUGUUAUAAAUUUUUAAAAAUAAAAGAAAUCCACUCAUUUCCAACCGACAACACUCACAGACAUCAUCAACUUGAGACUUUGUAAAUCUCAUCAUUGUUCGUUUGGUUUGCUGUUGAAAACUUGGUGAAAAAAAAAAUGUUCAAAAUAAUUUCCAUUGGAUUGAUGGCACUAAGUUUGGCCAUGAUCCAAGCACGAUCAUAUCGUUCAUUUGGAACAACAAACAAAAUACCAUUUACCAAUGGAUAUCAAAGGUCAGCUGCUGCUGCUGCUCUAGCAUCACCGAUUCGUUCUGGUUCUCGUAUUGGAUAUUCGAUUGUUGGUCUUGGUCAGUCAAAUUAUAUUCGUCCAUCAUCAGCAGCUUAUCGAUCAUCAUCAUUGUAUUCAAAUGAACCGGGCGCUGCAUUAGCCAUUCGUACAACACAUCGUAUGGUAUAUUAUGAUGUUCCAAAUGAACGUAAUUAUCAACAACAACAAUCAUCAUCACCAAUCUAUGUGGAUUCACAACCAAUACCAAUAACAUUAAUGAUGCGUACAUAUUCAAGUCCAAUUAAUAUUCAACAUUCUCAUUAUCAAGGUCAAGGUGGUCUAGAAGAAACAGCUAGCGAAGAUCAAGAAUUACGUUUUAUACAUACAAUAACUAAACCAGUUGUACAGGAAGUAAGAGAAAUUAUAUCACCAAUUCGUAUGAUUUAUCGUGAAAUACAGCCAAUUGAUGAAAGAGUGGAAACAAUGAUCGCUAGACGUAAAAAUAGUGACGAUAAUACUAUUGAACUCAUAUCAUUGGAUAAUGGUUCCAGUUUGGAUUUAUCGUCAUUAUUUCCAAAAUAUCCGGAUAAUGAUAAUAAGAAAAAACAACGUCGUGCUUCAUUGAAUUUUUGAAUUUUUUUUUUGAAU